UAUCUAUUAAUCUGUGACCCCAGUAAAUAAAUUGAAAAUGGCGUCGUUUUGCCGAUUAGAUGAAUCAAAGAAAUAAUUUAAGUGAUGUUCUGUUAUAUUUGACCAAAUACAAUUAAUUAUACAAUAAACCCCUAUAUGAUAUAUUUUUCGGAAUUCUUAUUGUGCAUUGUGCGCUAGAAAGCAGUGUAAUAUUCGCGAUAAGCGAAAUGAUUUUACUGUUAGAGCGAGAUUAAAGUGUUUACAUGAUUUCUGUGCGGGUUCGUUGUCCACGAUGCUGCCCACAGUGGAGGAGAGUCGUGGUUACGACUUCCAGGACCCAGAGAAUUCGGAUUUAUGGCGAGGCCUGUUUGUCCCCUCUCUCAAAAAGAUCCUGGAAUCAUUGCAUCCUACGCUGACUGCAGAGCAGAGUGCACUGGACUUCGUGGAGUCUCUCUGUCUAAGGUUGCUUACAAUGCUGUGCACUCUUCCUUUCCCACUUACAGUGCAGGACGUUGAACAGCGAGUAGCACAGACAUUUCCGAAACCUUUUGACCAGUGGACUGUCAAAGAUGCGCGCGAUGUCUCCACCCUUCGCCGACGCAAGCUGCUGCCUUUGGAUAAAAUACACCAAUACAUACAGAAGGAGGUCCUCCAAUACAAAAUAGAUAUGUCAGUGACCUUACACAUAGUAGCAAUACUGGAGUAUAUUAGCACUGACGUACUGAGGCUAGCAGGCACAUUUGUUAAGAAGAUCUCAAUGAAAAGUGGGUACCAGGUCAUCACAACUAGGGAUAUUAAAACUGCAAUGUGUGCAGAUAAGUUAUUAAUCGACAUGUUCUACCAAGAUUCAGAUUUAGCUGGUAUUGUGGCUAUCAACGCGUCGUCGCUAGGGGCUGACAGGCGAGGCAGACGCGGGUCACUCAGUUACAGCGAAAUUGUGAGAGACCUCAUAGCUGAUGAGAGGAGCUUCCUGAGGGAUCUAAAUCUUAUAAUUAGGGUAUUCAAAGAUGAGCUUGAGAAGAUACUCGAAGGUGAUCAUAGGGCGAUAUCUCUAAUAUUCGGCAACAUAGUGGACAUAUAUGAGUUGACAGUGAUGUUGCUGGGUAAUCUAGAAGAUGCCAUGGAAAUUGCCCAAGACUCGCCCACGCCGUACGUCGGAAGUUGUUUUGAGGAGUUGGCAGAAGUGGAGGAGUUCCGCGCGUACGUGCGAUACGCGAACAUCAUCACGCAGAAGCAAUCGCGAGACGCGCUGCAGAAAGUUGUGGACGAUCCGGUGCUUGCUGAACGUCUAGACACGGCAGGCCACGGGUUCCGGCUGGCGGUGAAGUACUGUCUGCCGCGGCUGUUGCUAACGCCGGUGGCGCACGUGUAUCUAUACCACAGCUACGUGCGCGCGUUGCUGCCCGUAGCGCCCUCGCACGACGACCGCGAGAGCUUCAAACAGGUCGAGUGCAAUCUACAUCCAAUAGAAAAAUUAUUAACAAAAGCUAUGGGAAACGGACCAAAGCUAGAGGGAGCAAUAAGAUCGGCGAAUCGUCUGAGAAGGCAACUCGCGACAGAAAAAAUCACCGAUCUGUCCAAAAACGUAGACAAUUGGGACGCGCGCGACGUGCCUCAGUGUUGCAAUGAGUUUAUCAGAGAGGACACAUUAUCGAAGCUAGGCCCCGGCAAGAGGGUAGCGGAGCGUCGAGCUUUUUUAUUUGACGGCCUACUACUGCUGUGCAAGCCUGUCACAAGUUUGCAGAUGACAGUUAACAGUGGAGCGUCGACCAGUGGACCGCAGCAACUGAAAUUAAAAGAGAAACUACACAUACGAAAACUGGAGAUCGUUGAUAGACCUGAUGGUGAAGAGGGUCGCAACCUCAUCGAGCUGUGCCCACGCGUGGGCCCGUCCGUCAUACUAUCGGCGUCGUCUAUCGCGGAGAAGAGGAACUGGAUGUGCGACCUGGUGAUGCUGAACACUAAGCCGAUGUUGGACAGAAGUUUGGACAGCAUACUGCUAGACUUGGAGAGGCGACAUCCACUUCAGUUACCUCCUGUUUCGUUGUACCGAUUUGCGGAGCCCGAUUCGGUGGACAAUAUAGUUUUGGAGGAAAGGCCUGGAUCUGCGCCCUUGAUAAAGGGCGCAACGCUACUGAAGCUGGUGGAGCGUCUGACGUACCACGUGCACGCCGACCUGAACCUGGUGCGGACGUUCCUCACCACGUACCGGUCGUUCUGCACGCCCGCGGAACUGUUGGAGCUGCUCAUAGAGCGGUUCGACAUACCGGAGCCGCAUCUCGUGUACGACACGCCGAGACCUGUUCCGAGGAUCAAGACUCCAAAAAAGGACAUCAGUCCCAAUGCUUCACUGUUGGACUUAGAUCUUGAUAUAGAGGCUUGUGUGGAGAUAUCAGUAAGUAGCGACGCGGAGAAACUCAGCAAAAACACAGCCAGGGAAGACUGGAAGAGGUACCGGAAAGAAUUUCAACAACCUGUAAAAUUUCGAGUGAUCAAUGUACUUCGACAUUGGGUUGAUCAACAUUUCUAUGACUUCGAGCGUGAUCCCGAGCUACUAGACAGAUUGAAGAGCUUCCUGGCGUCCGUGGAUGGUAAACCUAUGAAGAAAUGGGUCCAAAGCGUGUAUAAGACUGUUUUGAAAAAGACUGGAGUGGUCAUACCAGGCAGCGGCCAAGGCAACGGCCAAGGUAGCGAUCAAGGCAACGGCCAAGGAAAUGGUCAAGGCAACUUUCCAGGCAUCGUUCCAGGCAACGUUCCAGGCAGUGUUCCAGGCAUCAUUCCAGGCAGCAUUCCAUUCAUUGUUCCUGGCAACGGUCCAGUCAAUGUUCCAGGGAACGGUCCAGGCAGUGGUCAAGGCGAUACCGACUCGAUCGCGAGCGGUUUCUCCACAACGUCCACAGAGACUUCAGCGUCAGUGUCGGGCUCGCAGUCGGGCUCGACGAAGGCCAAGUCGGGCGUGUCGCACGUGUUCGACCGCCAGCCGCCGGCGCCGAUCAAGCACCUGGCGGACCCCGACAAGUACGGCUGGCACCCGCUGACUUUACACCCACUGGAGUUGGCCAGACAACUCACCCUGCUCGAGUUCCAGUUGUAUCGACAAGUAAAACCUUCGGAGCUAGUUGGUGCAGUUUGGACCAAAAAAGAUAAAGAAAAUACCAGUCCAAACCUACUUAGGAUAAUUAAACAUACCACCAAUUUCACGCGGUGGAUGGAAAAAUGGAUAGUGGAAAGUGAAAAUUUAGAUGAAAGAGUGGCGGUCGUGACCAGGUUUCUGGAAGUAGCCAUGUCGUUGAGUGACCUCAACAAUUUCAAUGGUGUUCUGGCGGUGGUUGCGGCCUGUGGUUCCGCCUCCGUACACAGGUUGAGGCAUACUUUUCAGCUCGUCCAAAGGUACCCGCUGCGUGUGUUGGAGCAGUUGACCAAACUGAACUCGGACCACUUCCGUCGGUACCAGGAGAAGUUGCGCAGCAUCAACCCACCGUGUGUGCCUUUUUUUGGCAUGUACCUCACCAACAUUUUACACAUAGAGGAGGGGAACCAGGACUGUCUAUCAAAUUCGGACUUAAUAAAUUUUUCUAAAAGAAGAAAAGUGGCGGAAAUCACAGGAGAAAUACAGCAGUACCAGAACCAGCCCUACUGCCUCACAGUCGAACCUAAGACCAGAGCAUUUCUAGAAACCUUGGACCCGUUUCCCGAUAUGAACGACAACCAGGUCACGAAUUACCUGUACGACAAAAGCCUGGAGAUAGAGCCGAGGAAUUCCACCAAACCUUUGACUAAAGUGCCUCGAAAAUAUCCAGACCUGUCUCUAAAGCCUGUGAAGGUGUCACGGAGAUUGCACGAAACACAAAACCACAGGGAGUCCACCUCGUCCAUAUCCUCAAUGUCGGAUGACACGUCUAGUGUCGCGCAACUGUCGCCGACGAGCGGAUGGGACGGUGCGUCUGUCGCGUCGCUAAAUGUCAACGAUCACGGUUCAAAGGACGAUAAAGCUCCACUGACCAGUCCUCUGGAACACUCUGCCGACCGCUCCACCUCACUGGGACAAUUGAGCCAGCUCAGCCAGCUAAGCCUGUUUGAGCAAGGGUGGAAGCUGUUCGAUAAGACCAGGUCCACUACCUCGUUGAAUAGGCACAGUGGGUCCACUAAAGACGAGCCACCUUCGCCGAGAGAUAAUCAUUCGCCAAGCAAAUGGAACAGCGGGUCGCGCAAGACGCUGUCCCCGCGCGGCCCGACGGCCGACUCGGACUCGUUCUGCACGCGCACGCUCGACCACCUGCAACACAAGAAGCCCGCCACCGUCGACCCGCCACAGCCGAAGGAGCCCGUGCCUCCGCUGUUUCCCCGUUUCCUCACCGGCGCGAUACCUCCCCUGCCGCCGAGCCUCCCGAACGACAGCGAGGCGCCCCCUGUGGUGCCCAGGCGGCCCCCCUCACCGCACACAGCGAUAAGCGAAGUACCUCCCGAGCCGCCUGACAGACCUUUGCAGAGUCCGAAGCACCACGAUUUGUUCAAAAGUCCCGCCAUGUCCCCUAAGAGAUCUCCAGCACCCGCGCCGCCGAUCAGUCCUCACGACAGAGCGGCGUUCAAUUUUCCCUCCACAACCACGUCUCCUUCAGCGCAUUUCAAUUCGGACGGGACAGCGCCUCCUCCAUUACCUCCGCGAAAGAGAAGGGAUUCCACAGCACCGCACACUCCACACCUUGGAUCGUCAUGGUGCUGCACGGUGCACGGCGCGGACGGGUCGCCGUCGGGCGCGUCCCCCGCCGGCCCCGCGCCCCCCGCACCCCCCGUGCCGCCCCCCAUGUCCAGCACGCCGCCCCCCCUGCCGCCGCGCCCGCCGCCGCCGCCCGAGUUGCUGCGACCCGCCUCCUCCGCGUUGCUACAAAGGAGACACACUGCCGCGUUAGCGCCGAAACUACCACCCAAGCCCGCCGCAGCGGCCGUCGCGCCGCGCACGUAGUACUCAGUACAAAAUGUAACUAACCACACACGCAUUAUGAUAAUAAUUGUAAUAUCUACCAUCCCCGCUGACUAUCAUCGCCAUGAUUUACUGUUUUCCAAAACAUGCAUAUUAAAAACUUGGUUUAAAUUACUUAUGCACAGUAUGGUCUAAGUGAAAGCGUAUCGCGUAUUCUGAUUCUAGAGCCACAGGAAAGAGGACUUUUUUAUACAUCACUAGGUCCAGAUAAAUGAACCGUUACCAUAUUAAAAUUAGCGUCAUUAUAUAUAAAAUUAUAUCAAUUUUAGACUGGUUUAAUUUUAGUUUCAUAAUCACGUAAAGUACAUUAUAAAAUGCACGAUUCCAACAAAAAAUAAUAAAUAAUAAACAACAGCUGUGAUUUAUUAUUUUCGUGAUAAUUUUUUUUGUUGCGGCUGCUGGGCUGAAAAUGGACAGUUUCCUUUGUUUCGUAUGUCCCUAGAAACAGGAUACACUACUCAGAACAUACUCUAAUUGGACUAUAGACUAUACUAAACGCCAACGCACCUGUCAACUGCUAACGCCAUUUACGUGUGAGUCACACAUAAAUGCCAUUAGCAUAUACAGCAGAAAUGCUAUCAGCUUUCAUAUAUUUACUACCUAAGUAAUAGACUUCGUAUUGAUAGAUACAUGCUUUCUCCUACUGGCGUUUCCAAAAAAAAAAGCUCUCUGAAGUUUAUGUUGAACUACCCUCACUAAGUCUAUUGUAUAAGUCGUCCAUCGGGUGAGUCAGUCGUGCAUCGACCACCGUUAUGAGCGGACGUCACUAUAAAUGAUUGGAUUAAAUUAUUCGAUCGAUUUGUGAUUUCCAUGUUACAAAGACACUACACUGUCAUUAUUUAGCCAUUAACUCGUUGUUUCUUAAAAUUUCUCGGCAAUUAAUAGUAAUUAUACAUUAAGAUACCUGUGCAGUGCCAAUAAACAAUAGUAAAAUAAUAAUUAAGUAGAUGUAUGUUGUACAAAUGUGCUCUAUUUUUUGUAGUGAAUUGAAUUUAGAUUUCUCGCCCACUACACGGAAUAUUAAUUUUAUACUAUAGUGUUUUUCAGAUAGCAUGGGUACGGUGACAGUUGCCUUAUGACAUCCAUAAUACGUACUAUUAUCGCGAAACGCGGCCAACUUUCAAGAGCGAAACGAACUGUCACCCGCACCAUGCUAUACGAAACGAACGGUAAAUAAAAACGAUUUUAUGAGAGUUACGAGUAAGGUAGAGUUACGUUAGAAAACUGUCACAUCGAAAUGAGCUAAAACAAAAUACAUAAGCAUAUAAAAAUAAUAUAUUUUGAAAUGCCUUUCCAUGAAUAUAAAUAGGUACGUGUUGUAGGGGGUAAUCUCUCAAUCUACUGAACAGAUUUUGAAAAUUCUUUUACCACUAGUAAGCCACGUUAUUUAUGAAUGUCAUAUGCUAUAUUUUAUCCCCGUACUCUUGCGAACGGAGACUACACGGGUGAAACCGUGUGGAUGGAAUAUGAAAGAAAGAAAGAAAAAAAGAUUUUUUUUUUAUUUUUUCAGUAAAAACUUAAAGUAGUCGAUAGCGAAACAUACCUCAUGUAAUGAAGGCUCAACUGUCCGAGUGUAAAACGUUUUUUUAAGCUAUUGCAUAGCUUUUAUCGCGGACUUUGAGCGCGGCGACCGAAUCAAGAAAUUGCGUAAAAGCCAAACAUCAUACUUAGCUAUAGUAGAAUCGUGGGCUGACGAAGUUUCAGCCUUUAUAAAAUGUGAUGUAGGACUAUUGAAUAAUAAUUAUUAUUCAGCCAAUAUAACCCACGAAUGACACGCUCUUUGAAAUCCAUAAUAUAUAAAAAAUUAUAUUCUCAUAUAUGGUGUAGGAUGUCUACUGGGCGAAACAUCACCAAGCCGUGCCGUAGCCUUAUGUUUUACAAUAUAAAUUGUAAAAAUAGUAAUAAAAUUAUUACGUAAAAAGAAAAUUAUAUGUAAUAAUGAUGUGUAUACUUAGUGAAAGAAAAACUAAAAUGCAAAUAUUAAUCCACUGGAGUAAACUGACAAGUGUCAGUUGUCACUGUCAAUGUCACUUUGCAAUAUAAUGUUACCAUAAUCAUCCAAUUCCGUUUAUUAAUUCAGUUCAUUGCUGAUCUAAACUAUAACAAUGAAUCGGAAAAACAAAUUUAGAUUGAUUGCUUAUUAAAUUGGUAACACUGUAAAUGUCAGUUUACUCAACUGAAUUAUUUUAUAGACUCCGCGCCACGAAACAAGUCCCGUAGUCGCGGCGCUAAUGUCUUGCUGGCGCAAACUCAUUUGGUAAUGGCGGUCUUAUGGUCAUUUGUGUAUGGCGCUGUCAAUUUUAGUUCAGGAUUUAGCCGCGCGACUUCUUUGGUGGCGCGGAGUUUAGUUACUCAUGGAUCAAAAGACGCCGAAGUUUCAACAUGAUAAUAUCGAGUUAAGGGAUCAUUAACAUUUAUUAUAUAAUAAAAUCACAAUAUGUACAUUGUACAUAUAAAAUAUAUGUAGGUAGGUAUUAACGUAGCUCGCAUAUUACGCUUACGUAGAAUGUACUGGGUGAAUUUGUCAUCGCGAAAAAAAUAUCUUCGUUGUGAUAGACGAAUUAUGAAAGUUUUUUUUUGUCUAUUCUCGUAUAAUAAAACCUAAUUAUGAAAUUAAAAGACAUAUACAGUACAUCUUAUUCCUUACGAUAGCUGUUUUAUAAAAUAACCUGUUUAUUAUUGUUUAUUCUUCUUUUUUUAUUUAUAGUUUUUGUCGGUUGUAUGUAAAGAGAUUGGAAGGUAUUUUCUAUACUAAUAUUGUAAAGGGGAAAGAUUUGAUUGUUUGUUAGCAUUGAACAAGCUCCGCAACUACUGAGCCGAUUUGAAAAAUUCUUACAUUGUUGGAAAGCUAUCCCCUAGUGAUAUAGGCUAUAUUAUAUAUUUUUUUUAAAAGUGUCGCGACAGCAUAAACUAUUAUAGUUAACACACAAGAGUUCUUACAUUUAAAAAAAAAAUAAUGGAAGUGCCGUCGUUAGAAAAGGCUAUUGAUUCUUGAUAUUCCUUGAUAUUUCCUGGAUAUUUCUUGAUAUUAUUUCUUUCUAAAAUAAAUUACUUCAGAAACAAUCUAUACUAAUAUUAUAAAGCUGAAGAGUUUGUUUAUUUGUUUGAUUGAACGCGCUAAUCUCAGAAACUACUGGUCCGAUUUGAAAAAUUCUCUCAGUGUUUGAUAGCUCAUUUAUCGAGGAAGGCUAUAGGCUAUAUAUUACCCCCGUAUACCUACGGGAACCCCGCGGCGUCAGAUAGUACCUUUAUAUAACUUUCAUGAUUCAACUCGGACAUUUUAUUUAAAAACAAAAGUUCAAAAAAUAUAAGUAUUAUAAAAAAGAUUGCGUAGUCGACGCUCAACUCAAGAACGGCUGAACCGAUUUGGCUGAAAAUUGGUGGAUAGGUAGCUUAGACCAUGAGACGGACAUGGGAUAGGGGUAGAUUUGGGGUAUGAUAGGGAAGAAGUGUACAUAAGUCAAAGCGAAGCUUGACAGGAUCCGCUAGUUUAUAAAUGUUAUAAAUGAAGUAACCAUACCAUAGGAUUCCAUUUCAUUUAUUUAUUAUGCCAAUUUUUUUCGGGAUGGCAAAAGAAGCCCAGUAUACAUAAGCUUUCAGAAUUAUAAGUUCUGGUUUCAAAUUCUAAAUUAUUUAAUAUGAAUCGGAACCUGGUUCAAAAAUAUUUUGUAAAUGUGUAGCAGUUAUAAUAAUAUAAUUAAACGAAUAGUUAUUGUUCUAAGUACAUCACUAUAGUUUGUUCAGUAUCGGAUGGUACGUUCAGAUCAAUGCGUAUGAGGUUUCGUAUUAGUUUCUGGUAAAAUAUAUGACGCAUCCUACUUAAAUAAUACCGGCCAUACAGACUACCUUAGUAUUUUAGUCAAGUAGGAACAAUUUUUGGAUUUACCGCCCAAAAAUCGUUCGUACUCGACUAAAAUACUAACUACUACUCGACUAAAGUAGUCCGAACUAGGCCUUAGUCUAUAUUAUAAUGUGGGUAGGACAUUAAUUGUCUUUUAUUGCAAAAAAUAAAUUAGAAAAGGGUUUUGGGGAUGAAAGUUUGUUAGGAGACACGAUCGUUUCUUAAAUUUGUGAUAUGAAAUGAAAAUUAUGAAAUUAUAUAUUUUUGUAAAUGUAACAGCGAAGAGAUUUUUAAAUGCCACGUGAAAUAAUGUCGUUAAAACUAAACUAAAUAAUAUAAAAUUAGAGCUUUUAAAUCUGUGUGACAUAGAACAAGCAAUAUUAAUAAAAGGUUAAGUGCCGUGUAACAGUUAGCUAGCUUAUAAUUUAUGUUAUUUAUGUUUAUGAUUGUAGAAAAUUAGAUUCAAUAGCAUUGGACCAAUUUCGUUGUGUCAAUAUUAGUGAUGUGCCAGAUCCAUUUACGGCGGACCGCGUAUAUUACAGGGUGUCCCGUAAAUAGUACGCCAUGCUCUAGAGGGUGAUAGGUGACAUCAAGGCCUACUAAAUCCGUAAAAUUUUGGUCAUCAUAUAUUUCAUUAUUUUAUUAGGCCUUGAAGUCAGCUAUCGCUAUCCCGUUGGGUAUGUCGUAUUAUUUACGGGAUGAUCUGUAGAUACGGAUGUUAACUUUCUUAGCCAAUCGGUGUCCACCCGUCGCGACGACAGGACAUUAUUUUUUUCGUUAUGUUUAAAGUUUACUGCAACACAGAAAAAGAUCUACAAAGAAGAAAAUUAAUAAUUUUUAAAAACAACAGAUACGGAUAUCCGGCACAUCACUAGUCAAUAUCUUGCAUUAUAAUAUGAAAUUCGAACAGUUGAUUACAAUAUGACCCGCCUAAACCCGCUAACUGGCAUUGUAAAAUGCGCGCACGAUAAGUUUGCGCGUGGUCAAAAUCGGAACUAAUCAAAAUUGCCGCCAUCUUAACGUCUCUCUCUAUCUAUCUCCUGGCGGUUAAAAGAGAUCACUAAAGCUGGCAACAUAAUAGGCUAGUUGGCACUUUUUCUAAAUGGUCUUAAAUAGUUCAUUAUCAUAUUGAAAAUUUUCUUUUUUAAAUAUGUUUUUGACAAUACGAGCCUGUCGGCCAUGACAGUAUUUUAACUGUUUCAUUUCAUGAUUAACUUUUAUUAAUUGAUAUCGGUAUAUUUCGGACCCUUAUUCCAUGUACUACACGAAAUUAAAAUUGUUUAUAUUAAAAAUUUGAUAUGAGUCAACUACCCUAUUGCGCCGCUAGUCGCGUGCAGACUUAUCUUGCGCGCACUAUACUAGCGGUAGGUCUAACCAUUUAAUCACCUCGUACUUAAGUUGGAAUUUCUUAAUUAAAUUGUCGAACAGGCGAGCCAUACAUACAUAAUAAGUUACUAAGACUACUAGUAAUAAUAUUAGGUACUAAUAAAUAUAAAAUUCUAAAAUCCUUGAUCCUUUAAAAUCCUUGAGAGCCGUGAUAGCCCAGUGGAUAUGACCUCUGCCUCCGAUUCCGGAGGGUGUGGGUUCGAAUCCGGUCCGGGGCAUGCAUCUCCAACUUUUCAGUUGUGUGCAUUUUAAGAAAUUAAAUAUUACGUGUCUCAAUCGGUGAAGGAAAACAUCGUGAGGAAACCUGCAUACCAGAGAAUUAUCUUAAUUCUCUGCGUGUGUGAAGUCUGCCAAUCCGCAUUGGGCCAGCGUGGUGGACUAUUGGCCUAACCCCUCUCAUUCUGAGAGGAGACUCGAGCUCAGCAGUGAGCCGAAUAUGGGUUGAUGACGACAACGAAAAUCCUUGAACACAUAUAAAAUUCUAAAAUCCUUGAAAUUAAUAUUAUAUUAGCUAUAUUUAAGAGUUAGUUCAAUUUAUCCGAAAGCCAAUUUGUACAGAAGAAUAUUGUAUGUACUCGUAGGUACGUAGGUGUCAUUUAGUGUGUAAAAAUAAUAAUAAUUAAUAAAAUUUGCAAUAAUAAAUUUCUGCAUACAUAUUGAAAUUUUGGACCAUGGGAAAUAUGCUUUUGAUGAUAAAAUUUUAUUAAAUGUUUAUUUUAUUAUAAAUUGUAUUAAACACCAUCGUAUUAUAUGUAUGUAAUUUUAUAGUACAUGAAAAUGACAUUAAAAUGAUAUCUUGAAGUUAGCGACACACAUUAGUGAUGCAUUUGAAAAGGUUCAGUUGAGUUGAGCAUGAGAAAUGGUCAUGAUUACGAACUUGUUGGAUUUAAACCCCAACUUAGUAAAUUAUAUCAUUUAUUAAGUGUUUUUCAGAUAGCAUGGGUACGGUGACAGUUGCCUUAUGGGGUUCAUAAUACAUACUACUAUUGUAAAUUGCGGCAAACUUUCAAGAGUGAAAGGAACUGUCACCAUACCCAUGAUAUCUAAAAAACACUGUAAUAUUUUUACAUCAAUGUUCUUAACUCAUAUUUUAUUUAAGGGUAAAUUGAAAUUUUAAGUUUAUAUUGACAGACUACAAAAUAUCACAAAUGAUAUUUAUGUUUUUAAGUUACAAAAUAUCUUAACGAGUUAUUAGUGUCAUAAUGGCGCCAGAUGUGAUAGCGAUAUGAAUUUUGUUGAAAGGAGACAGAAGAAUUGUUUCUACAUCUCUAAUAAACAUAUUUGUUUUCACUGAGUUCUCACCAGGAGAUAAAGAGAGAUGGGUGGGAGGCAUUCAUUAAAAAGUGUUACCGUGGUACCACACCCUCGUCUAUAGUAACCUUCUGUGGUCAUACACGGUGCAAUGUCAAAACACUGUAUCUACAAAACAUCAAAUGCUGAGAAAUCGCAUUCUUUAUUUUUAGUAUGAAUAUAAUCACGCGCGAGGACCUCAUUUGUGAGCCUUAUUACAAAACACUGUAUCUGGUGAUACGGUGUAAUGGCAUGAAGCGCCGCACCUCUGUACUGCUAUGCAAUGACAAAACACUAUAUAGAAAACAGUAAUUGUUGAGUAAUUGUCUGAUUGCUAUAGAAAUAGUAUUUUUUAGCGUUCUAUUAAUCUUGGAUUUCUCAUGGUUUUUGAGUUUUAAAAAAAAUAUUUAAAUGCCAGUAUAUGACGUGCAUAUUAUUUAUGGCUGUUACCACAAAUCAAUGUAUCUGAAGAUACAGUGUAAUGUCAUUAAACGGCAGUGUACCGCGCAGGCGAGGAUUUACGUAAUCUAUAUUGUUUAUAGGUGCUUUGCUUGCAAUAGUGAACGUAAGCGCACUAUAACGUUCUAGUUGGUGACGCAGUGAAUUGAUGUUACCGACCAAGUGACAAAUUGGGGCAUUUUUCAUAAUGCCCGACUAUAAAUAAUAGCGAGCUACUUUAGGCAAAUGCAAUAAUUAUAAUUUGAACUAUAACAUUCAUCACAUUGUCUAGACAUUAUGAAUUAGGGUACUUAGGGUAUUUUUGCUUCGGCUAAAGUAGCUUGGAAUUAUUUAUAAAGUUUGGUCAUUGUGAAGUAUAUUAUUGAUCGAAAAGGAGUUCAUAUUACUAAUAUUAUUUAAAAUAAAAUCAUAAUGUGUAUGAUAUUAUCACGGUGAUGAUGAAAUUUUCACUUCUAUACUGUAGGUAAAGGCAUACAUAGAAUUGUUUUAACCGACUUCAAAAAAGGAGGAGGUUUUUUGUAAUAUCGUUUUUAUUCAGUGCAAAUAUUACUUAUUAAAAGUAUAGUUCUCGAGUGUGAGUUUAACGUAGAGGAUGAGAGACAUAAAAUAAUGUAUGUAUAUACAUGUAUAACGAGCAAAAUGAAUUUAUAAUGGAUGUUGACAUAGGUGGAUAGUCUAAAUAAAAUGUUUGGUAUGUUUGAAUUUGAUAGAUUUAAAAUGUAUGAAAAUGUAAAAAGUCGUGUACGUCAUAGAGAUUUGCAUUCGAUGAGAGGUAUAGAGAGGCGAAAUUUCGCCUUGUAAAUUUUAUUCGAGAUUACAAAAACUAUAAUAAUAAGGAUAGAAAGAGAUGGAAGUGUAAUAUUUUUUUAACUUGCAUCUCUUUGGUCUAGUUCGGACUACUUUAGUAUUUUAGUCGGGUACGAACGAUUUUUGGGCGGUAAAUCCAAAAAAUGUUUGUACUCGACUAAAAUAUUAAAGUAGUAUGGCUUAUUUCAGUGUAGUAGCUUAAACCGAUCGGGCGAAAUGCCAAUCGCAACGCUUAAAUGAGAACACAAAUGUACAGUCGCCAUGUUUAUGAUGUUAAGUAGGUAUUGAGUUUAUAUUGUACAAUAAUGUAGUCGCUUAGGCGUUUGUGGAUCGGAUGAUUGUACUCUAUACUGUAAAUAUUGUAAGCUUGGCUACAUUUUAUUGUAUCGGAACACGUUUUAUUGUUGUUUUUCGAUGUAUCUUCAGUUGAGUAAGGCAAAGGUAUUGACCAAACAGCCUAAUUUGUAGUAGAGGAUUUCAAUAGAAAGAAAUGAUUUAGGCAAUUUAUUGACGGUGAUAUUUUUGUCAAGCUUAGAUAAGGGAAUGCAAUAUUUUUGGUUUGUAUAGUGAUAGAAGGGGGUAACGUCUUAUGAGAGACUUGCGCGUUUUUUCGUCUCACUUUUAUAGAAAGUUAUCUCUGUCUAUCAUUAUGAACACCAUUAGUUUACAUGAAAAAAAUAUCGUGAUAAUAACUUUUGCUUAUUAUACUUUAAUGUGGCCGGUAUAAAUGGCCAUAGACCGUAGAGGCAUUUUUUUUAUUAAAUGCAAAUCGAUAUUAAGUUCCUUUGGUAGCACAAUCAUGUAGUUUUUAUAUGAAUAUUAAAAGAUUUUAAAAAUCUGCGUUUAUAGUCUAUGGCGUUUGUACUAUCGUUAGCUAAGAACCAUGUAAAAAUGAUACAAUAAUAGGUGUAAAUAUAAUGAAGAGCAAUGUAGAAACAUAUUAUAUACACAGUUAUAAA